AAUAAAUCUAACAAAAUGUCCAAAUGCUCUACCAAAGAAGAAUUUAACUUAAAAUCUAAAAGUGUUAGGUAUUUAACCACUGGAACAAAUACUUCUUUCUUUUUCACUUCUUGAUCUCUAUCAUGGCAGCUGAUGCAAUUGUUUCGACUCUGUUGGAAAAUUUGGCUGCAAUUGCUCUAGAUGAAAUAGAUAAGGAGGUGAGAUGCAUUAUCAAUGUUCGCAGAGAAGUUGAAAACAUUAGCAGCAAUUUUCGAGCCAUCCAAGCUGUUCUGGAGGAUGCAGAGCGGCAGCAAGUGGAAAAGCAAAAGGCAAGCAUUCGAGAUUGGUUAGACAAGCUCAAGCAAAUCUCAUUUGAUAUUGAAAAUGCGUUGGAUGAGUGGAGCACUGCAAUUUCCAAGUCAAAACUUGAGAAGGAAGAACUGAAGGUCUGUUCCUUCAUCCCCUCUCCUUCUUUUUGUUUUAAUAGAGGCAAACUGCUUCAUAGAACUGCUUACAAGAUACAGGAGUUGAAUGAGAGGCUGGAUAACAUUGCAAAAGAGAGAGAAAGGUAUGGAUUUAAGGAAUUAAAUGUUGAAAAACCAAAACGAGAAGAAACUACUUCUCUUGUAAAUGUGGAAGAGAUAUGUGGUAGACUUAAGGAUGAGGAGAGGAUAGUAAAUAUGUUGUUGAAUGAGGGUAGAACAGAAGAAUUGGGAUCAGGCCUCCACAUGAUCUCAAUAGUUGGCACUGGAGGAAUUGGUAAGACUACUCUUGCUCAAUUAGCCUUCAAUAAUGAGAAAGUAAAAUCUCAUUUUGUAGAGAAAAUAUGGGUGUGUGUCUCUGAUCCCUUUGAUGAGAUGUUGAUAGCUAAAGUAAUUCUCAAAUCUGUUUGUCCUGUUGGUGAUAAGGAUGCUGUUGAAAAAUUGGAUAGAUUGGAGGAUGCAUUACAAAGACUGAAAAACUCAAUUGAGGGUAAGAAAUUCCUUCUUGUCCUAGAUGAUGUGUGGACUGAACAAUAUGGAAAAUGGGAUCAAUUGAAGCACUCCUUGAGUCAUGGUUGUCCUGGUAGCAAAAUCUUAGUAACCACGCGUAAGGAGAAUGUGGCAAUAACCAUGGGUUGCAAUACAAUUUUUCCAAUGGAGCAGUUAUCUGAAGAAGAAGGUUGGUCAUUGUUUAGUCGAAUAGCUUUUUUUGGGAGGUCCAACAAAGACUGUGAAGAUUUGGAAGAAGUUGGGAAGAAGAUUGCAAGGAAGUGCAAGGGUUUGCCACUUGCUCUGAAGACUAUUGGUGGUCUCAUGCGCUUGAAAAAAACUGUAAAAGAGUGGCAAAUUGUCUUAGACAGUGAAAUAUGGGAACUUGAAGUGGCUGAGGAAGGUCUUUUCCAUCCCCUAAUGUUUAGCUAUUAUGAUUUAUCAUCACAAUUGAGGCAAUGUUUCUUAUAUUGUGCAAUCUUUCCAAAAGAUCAUGUAAUAGAGAAAAAUAAGUUAAUCAAGUUAUGGAUGGCGCAUGGUUUCCUUAAGGGGACUCAACAUCAAGAUGUGGAGAUGGUAGGGGAAGACUACUUCAAUGACUUGGCAAUGCGCUCCUUUUUUCACGAUUUUGAAAAAGAUGAGAAUGGUGGCAUUGUCAAGUGCAAAAUGCAUGACAUAGUGCAUGACUUUGCUCGAUUUCUGACUAGAGGUGAUUGUUUGACAGUGGAAAGAAGUGGUAUUGAAGGUUUCAGUUUCAAUGGAAGAGCUCGUCAUGUGAUGCUGAUCAAUACAAAAUCUAGUGCAUUUUCUAAUCAUAUUUAUACUACUGAAAACUUGCAUACACUGCUAAUUGAUCAGACAAAAAAUGGUUGGAAUCCUUGCUACCAUGAUUUAGUGAAAUUGUUUGAUAAACUGAAAUGUGUAAGGACAUUGAGGUGUGGUUUUCCUCAAAUUGUGAAGUAUCCAAAACAGAUAGGGAAAUUGAUGCAUUUGAGGCAUCUUGACUUGUCAAAUAAUAGGCAGUUAGAGGAAUUGCCCGAGGCAGUGUGUGAUUUAUAUAAUUUGCUCAUACUAGAUAUCAGUGGAUGUUGGAGGCUCAAAAGUCUGCCUUAUAGAAUGGGAAAUUUGAUAAACCUGUGGCAUCUUCGGAAUAAGGAGACAUAUUCUGUGAGUUUCAUGCCCAAAAUGGAGAAAUUGACUUGUCUGCGAACAUUAAGUUUGUUUCUGAUACAGGGUGAUGGUAAAGGAGCUGCACUUAGUGAUUUGGGAGAGUUGAAUCAUCUUCGAGGGAAGCUUGAGAUAAAUGGAUUAGGAAAUGUCAGAGAUGAGUGGGAGGCUAAGAAGGCACAACUUCAGAAUAAGGAAGGGCUUACUAGUUUGAGUCUAAUGUUUGGUCCCACUGAUAGAAGCCAAGUUUCUGAAACAUCUAUUCUUGUUCUUAAAGCCUUAACACCGCCAUCAUACUUGGAAAGAUUAGAAAUAUGGGGUUUCACAAACCCAACCAUGUGGGUUUGGCCUAGUUGGAUAGUGUCACUAGCCAAGCUAAAGAACCUUGAACUUUCCUAUUGUGACAAUGUUGAACAUUUGCCUCCGCUGGGGAAAUUGCCAUCCUUAGAAUCACUAAGGCUAAAUUGGCUAAAGAAAGUGAAAAAGGUGGGAGUUGAGUUUUUGGGAAUAGAGACAUCUUUGUUUCCAUGUUCAUGGUCUGUUGUUGCCUUCCCCAAUUUGAAAUCACUGGAAUUUUUAUUCAUGGAGGAGUGGGAACAGUGGGAUUAUGGAAUCAGGGGAGAAGAGGAUCUUACUAUCAUGCCACACCUUUCUUCCUUGACAAUUUAUGACUGUAGGGAAUUAAAGGCACUACCAGACUAUAUUCUGCAAAAUGCUACCCUACAGAGUUUGAAUAUUACUAGAUCUCCAAUGAUUUCAAAUUGCAGCAAAGAAGGUACUUCACUUUCACUUUCACUUUCACUGUUAUAUGUCAUCAACAUGCUCAAUUUUUUUUUGGUAAGCAACAGGCUUUAACAUCUUUAAAAAUCUCAAUUGAGCUAUAUGUUUCAAUUGAUUUAACAUCUUUUUAUGAUACAUGUAAAUAUUUGGUUAACUCUAUUGUUGCUGCUUGCUGCCUGAUGGAAACAAUUUGUACUGUUGCAUGCAUUCAAACCAUGAGCUCAACUGGUUUUGGUUUCAAAUGUGCAUCACCAGCUUAAAGAUAUAGAUUCUAUUCCCUCCCUACAGUUUGUAACAUUGUUCUGUUAGUGGUAUUAUACAUGUCAUGUUUCCUUUUGUAAAAUUUCUUCUGAUUUCUGUUUUAUUUCUUUUGUUCCGAGAAUUUUAGGAGAUGAGACCUAUUACAAGACAUAGAUCUUUUAGAAGAUGUGGUGGAAGGAUGAUGAUGGAAUGGCUUGGCUUGUCACUACUCACUAGCUUCCGCAUGCCAUCCUCACUAGUAGUGGGUGUUUGUUUUAUUUAUUAAUGCAACCUUUUGUUAUUCAGUGCUAUGUCAAUUUGUGUGUACUGUUUAUUCUGUUCUCUAGGAUGGAUUGUAAGAGAGAUGGAUUGUAAUCUCUUUAUCAUAUUGAAUUUUUUUGCCACUGGAUGGCUGUGGAUGUUUUCCCAUAUGGGGGGUUUUAUUUUAUCACGUUAUAAAAAAAUUGGUGUUGU